UUGUCAUUUGACUGCUUGUAGGUGUAGCGAAAAUAAAUGGGAGUCAAUACUAAGAGAGUGAUAACGCACAGUACCUCUAAUAAUAUCGAGUCUGAUGUUGUCAGUGCACAGUCUCCGUGCUAGCUACGUGUGCCAUCGACACGUCAACCAGACCUGCGGUAUGACCCAAGCCAAGGCAAGGCUGUAGAUCUACGUGUGCAUUGAAGAGUCGUAGAUGUGUCCGACUGUCGUCUAGUGUCGACCCAUUGCCCGCAUUGGCAUUGGCAUUGGCAGCGCAGAUGUGCACAACACCCGCGAUCGGCGCUAAAAUAAUUUUGUUGGAGUGAAGAAUGCGCACGCUUCCGCUACAUAACAUACAGCAGGGUGUGAGCCCGUAGCAGCAGUAGAUCUACCAGCAGUGGAAUUAUUUGACCUAAUAGCUUCGCGCUGGGCUAGCAUUACUUGCCAAUUACCGGUAUUGUCUGGGCUAAAAAGCACGAAGGUGACCGGUGAACAGAACAGAAGGAGUAAGGCGUCCGCUGCCGAUUCGUCUACUACAUACAAUUCUAGUAAGUAAUUAGUUAGUUAUUCGGUGUGUGUGUUUGCAAAUCUUCAGCCGAUCACUUGCACUUGUCUACACGCCAGCACUUCAACAGCACUUCGCAGAUCUCGAAGACAGCCAAGCCGAUCAUCACCUGAUCACCGGAAGGCCGCAGUGGAAGACAGAUCUAGGUGUGAUAUCGAUAACUGGUAAACCUCAGUACAUGCGCGUAGAUCUACCCCUUCUCAUUCAAAGGCUAGAACAGUAGAAGCGAUCACAUACCGGCACUAGUGUACAUGUAUGUGGCUCCCGGACUACUGGCUGAGUGAACUGUUACUUGGUCAAUCAACCGAGACCAACUGCUUUCCAUCCGCAAUUUGCUUCAUACAAUCCCAUCAUCAUAGUCAAUAUUGAGCCUAGCCCGCACACCGUCUCCCGGGUAUGGAGUAUUUUCAAGACCUAUUACGGGCAACAACAGAACUUUCCUCAGGGUCAUCGCUACUAGUGCUAGUCACGGUGGUCAUUGUAACUGUCGUGUCGGUCUGCCUCUACGCCAUCAAUCGGACGACGGCUUCGGGAAGCCGCGGCGGAGUUUCUGGCACCGGCCGCAUUGGCAAGGUUUCACGCAUUCUAGUAUACCCGUUGAAAUCGUGCCGCUCUGUCCAACUUGAAGAGGGCAUGUGCUUGAAGCAGGGUUUCGAGUAUGACCGUCGCUGGGUGGUUGUUAACAUGGAAAGCUCUAUGAAGCCCGAAGGUGUGGCAGGAGUUGCAGUAACCAUGGCAAACUGUCCAAAGUUAGCUCAGAUCCAGCCGCAGAUUGGCCACAGCUCGCCGAGAACGCCUGGCAAGGACAAAGAAGUGACAUUGACUCUGUGUGCCGAGGGUAUGCCCGAUAUAACGAUGAGCACAAGCCAAAUGCUGCAAGGGCGAACGGACGCGGUUUACUCUCCGCGAGUGUCAUGCCAGGCAUACGAUUGCGGUGACAAUGCUUCUCAGUGGCUCUACUCGUUCCUGGAGAGGCCGUCACUGCGUCUCUACUACAUGGCGACCGGUCAAGCAGGCAGAGUUAUGAGCAGAGAUGCAAAGUGGGGCAGCCUGGCUAAGGCCGGGGAUGUGGCAUCCUUCGCUAGCUUCACUCCAUACCUGGUGUGCACUGAGCAGUCACUUAAGGACAUCAGUUCACGCAUGGAGUGCAACUUGGAAAUCGAAAGGUUCCGGCCCAAUAUCGUUGUCGAUUGUCCCGGCAUGGAGCCAUACGCAGAAGAUAGCUGGCAGCGAUUCUCCCUGGGAAGUGUUGAGUUCCGGUUUGUGAAGGCGUGUGGCCGUUGCCCUAUCAUCAUGCAGGAUCCCAGCACGGGAAAGUCCAAUGCCCGCGGACUGUUACCAAAGCUACGAGAGUUUCGACUCAACCACACUGACGAGCGCCAUGGAAACGCACCCAUAUUUGGUCUUCAGGUUGCCGCGGACACAGAAGGCAUGAUCUCUGUGAAUGAUGUCCUGACAGUGCUGUAAAUGAUGUCAUGUGAUGGCAGCCAGGAAUGAGAAGUUGCACAAGUCACUGAAGUAAGUGCAAGACCCUCCCCCCCCCCCCCCACACGCGUGCGCGUAAACACUCGUCUCCCCUAUGCCAAUACAGUAUUGUGGUAAUAUGAAGCUGGAGAAAUGGUUUAGGUCGAAUUGCCAGAAAUGUCUUUUAGAGAACACACCCCGGCAACUCACUGCA